CCGCCACCCAUCGCAGGACAGGGAAGCACUUGUGCUGAUCCGAGCAAGAAAAAAAACAAAACUAAACCCGCCAAGCAGGGACCAUGCCAAGACCGAACUGGCUGCAGCAGAUCCGCGAGUCCGGCGCAAUCAACCACAUCAGCCAGGGCCGCUUCGAUCGCCUCGACCUGCCGGCCCUGCAGGCCAUCACCAACGACUACCUCCUCGCCGCCGGCCCCGGCUCCUUUCCCUGGCGCGAGCGCCAGCCCGUGGCCUGCCGCUCGGCCGAGUGCGACGCCCUCCUGGCCGGCCACAUGGCCGGCCUCGAGGGCGAGCUGUACGUGAGCGAGGCCGCCCUGCUGGCCUGUCUGCACGUCCUGACGGGCGUGCAGCUGCGCGCCCAGCUCGAGGCUCUGCACGACAUCGCCGCCGACCGCGACCCGACCGCCCUCACCUUCUUCCGCCUCCGGUUCCGGCUGUAUCUGCACUGCCUCGAGGUCGCGCUCGACCAGCGGCCCGACGUCUUUGCGCGCUUCAGCGAGACCGAGUCGCACGAGGGCGUCGUCGUCGAGCAGCUGCUCGCCGUCAUGGACGCCUCCACGUCCGGCAGCAGACCCGACAGCGCCGAUGGCUUCCCGCUGAUAUGGCGCCUGCUCUGGGGCAUGACGCGCGGCGGCAGACGCAACGUGUCGCAGCUGGAGCACCUGCCCGACGACACCAUCGCCUUUGCCCUACAGCGGUUCCGGCUCGGGAACAUGCUUCAGGAAAAGCUCGGGCAGCUGUCCAGGGCUUAUAGGUGGCGCCACGUGCGCGAGCUGGUCAAGGGCGUCGGCGGCGUCGCCCACCUGCCCCGCGCCCGCGCCAUCCUCGAGAAGGUGCUGCCGAAAUACGCCAUGUGGGCCGCGUGGGAGCCCGACAAGGAGCGGCUGAAGCGCUGGGGCAGGCCGGCCGCGGCGCCGCACCUGCGCCUGCUCGAGCCGCUGUUCCUACUCGAGGGGCCCGACACCACGGGCUCGCAGCGGAGGACGCUGCUGCAGGCAUCCAAGUCGAGCCCCGCCGAGGGCUGCUGCGAGCUGGACGGGUCGUCGCCCGUCGUGCCCGUCGUGCCCGUCGUGCCCAGUAGCAGCACGUCCUUGGAGCCUUCUUACCCUUGGAGCCCGCAGGAGGCGAGCAACAGCUGGGCGUCGACUCCGCUGACCCCUCCCGUGGACCCGAUGAGCGGCAUGUCGGUGGAAGAACGCAUGCUGCACUACCUCGACGACGCGAUAAACGUCGGGCCCGAGGCCGUCAACCUGUUCAUCUACCUGUUUGCCGACCUCUUCAGGCCAGAGUCCAUGGACGUCGAGCACCGCUUCACCUCGGCGCUCGAGCUUCGGGACGACCUGUCAUGCCGCGUCCUCCUCAACCACCUCAAGGCCACGCAAAAUCCAGCAGAUACGCCCGUCGCCGCCGCCGCCACCUCGCUCGCCGCCGCGCUGCCCAUCAUCGGCACGCGGCUGCGGCUGCAGGAAUACUACGGCGCCAAGCUGCGCCUGCGCUUCCGGGCUCCCGAGGUGCUCAAGGCGGCGCAGCGGGAGUUCUGCGACCUGCUGCUGCAGGACAACACGUACGGCGGGCGCAGCGUGCCCGGCCGCGACGACGACGCCGGCCCCGCCGAGGCCGCCGGCCUGGCGGUGCAGGCGCUGGGGCGCGCCAUGCUGUGUGCGGCCUGGCUGCGGGAGGACUGGACCGGCGAGUUCGUCGACGCGCUGCGGAGAAUGCCCGCGACGCGCGAGCAGGUCAAGGCCGAUUUCAGACAGCUCGAGCACUGCAGCGACUCGGGCGCGCGCCGCCAGCGCGUUCACGACCUCGCCUACCGCCUGGGCGCGUCGAGGCUCGGCGGCGGCGGCGGCGGCCCGCCUGCGGCUUCUGCGUCCAUGCCGGACGUGUCCUCCAUGUCGUCGGGCAUCUCGUCGCCGCCACAGAUGGCCUCGCCGCCGCAGACUACCAUCGGCCUGCUGGCGUUCAACGAGGUGCCGUUCUUCGUCCUGCCGCCUUCGGCCUUGCCUAGACCGGUGCUGCCGCCCAUGACGCUGCCCUUCCGCCCCAGUCCAGCCGCGGGAGGGAGACGACCGCCACCCCCACCCCCAUCACAACCUUCCCGCCGCCCACCACCACCCGUCGCACUUCGCCCUCCACCGUCGCCACCACCGCCACCGCCUCCACCCGCUGAGGACGUCAUCAUGUCGGAGCCCCUGACGGGCGACCGCGACCGGCUCCGGGCCCUGAUCCGCGCCAUCCCGGGCGUGCCGGCGUCGCUCACGGCGGCGUGCACGCGGCAGGCCCGGACCGAGCACGACCUCGUGGUCCGCAAGCUCGUCGACAUGCUAGGCACGGGCCUGACGGACCAGGUGUGCGUCAACCUGGCCAACUACCUGGCGCCGCAGCAGCAGCGGGAAGGCGGCGGCGGCGUGCUGCUGCACGAGUGCUGGCGCGACCUGCUGCUGCACGCCAUGCGGCAGCUCCCCGCCGGCCUGUUGGACAGAAACUACAAGGGCCUGCUGCUCGACACGUGGAACCGCUGGCUAGAUGCGCUGCCGCGCCUGCUGGGUGAUCGGUUUUUGGAUGACGGCGCCGGCGGCGGCGUGGUGGGGUUUACUAGAGAGGCGAUGGAGAGGCUGUCGGCCAAGAAGACGGCGCUGCACAGGAGCAGGAGCAUGAACACGCUCGCGUCGGGGAGGACGGGGAGGACGUCGUUUGUCAGCGUAAGGUCGACUCCUUGACGAUGCUUGUUUCCUAUUGUGUUGGGUUUAUGUACGGUAAAGAAUGCAUUUUAUCAAAGCGGGUUUACAAUAAAACGAG